AUGGGCAACAGCCUCUCAAUGUGCGGCUUGGGCGCAAGUACCGACGACGACGACCCGCAACUGCAGCAGACGCAGCAGCAGUGCAAAGCCUCUGCGCGGUAUGUGCACCGGUCCGUCGUGAGCGAGCGUAAGCACUCUCUGUCCACAGCAACGGACUCGUCCGUGGCCUCGAUCCUCUCGAACUCGGAGCAGCUCAUUCCAGACGCGUUCCUGCCGCAGGACAUCGAGGUGCUGUCCCAGCGCCGACAGCGGCCGCAUCGCGGCUCAAUGGCCUCGCGCUCGUCGUCGAGCUACAACUACAGCAGCGGUAGCACGGGCUCGUCGCGAGUCAGCAACUUGUCGUCUCGAGGUGUCGGUCUCGUGCACGUCGUGCGCACGCUGACUCGAGCAGAGACCGUUCCAAGCAGCGUGAGCAACAAGUACAACUUCGGCGUCAAGACGGCGUCGUGUAGUUUCGGCUACAGCGACGACGAGGGUAACCCUGCAGCGGUGUCCAGUCGACGCGGUGAGAGACCGUCGGAGCGGUGA